AUGGCCUGCUGUGCCACCAGCUUCUUUGGGUUUCCCAGCUGCUCCACCGCUGGGAACUGUGGCUCCAGCUGCUGUGAAACCAGCUGCUGCCACAGUGGCUGUGGCAUUGAAGGUGGCAUUGGCUCUGGCCAGGAGUGUGGCAGCGGUGCCAUGAGCUGCCGCACCAGGUGGUGCCGCCCAGACUGCCGCGUGGAGGGCACCUGCCUGCCCCCGUGCUGUGUGGUGAGCUGCACACCCCCAACCUGCUGCCAGCUGCACCAUGCCCAGGCCUCCUGCUGCCGCCCGUCCUACUGUGGACAGUCCUGCUGCCGCCCGGCCUGCUGCUGCUACUGCUGUGAGCCCACCUGCUGCCAGCCCACCUGCAGUGAGCCCACCUGCUGCCAACCCACCUGCAGUGAGCCCACCUGCUGCCAGCCCACCUGCAGUGAGCCCAGCUGCUGCCAGCCCACCUGCUGCCAGCCCACCUGUUAA